AUGGCUUUUCAGGAACUCCUGAAUCAAGUUGGAAGCCUAGGUAGAUUCCAGAUCCUUCAGAUAGUUUUUCUUUUCCUCCUCAAUGCCAUUGCGAUGUCUCAUAUUGCAAUGGAGAAUUUUACUGGAGCUGUUCCUAGUCAUCGGUGCUGGGUCCCCAUCCUUGACAAUGACACUGUCUCUGAUAAUGACAGUAGGAUCCUGAGUCAAGGUGACCUCCUGAGGAUCUCCAUCCCCUUGGACUCCAACCAGAGACUGGAUAAGUGUCGUCGUUUUGUCCAACCACAGUGGCAUCUUCUUCAAUUGAAUGGAACUUUCUCCAAUGUGACAGAGCCAGACACUGAGCCUUGUUUGGAUGGCUGGGUGUAUGACAGGAGUAACUUCUUAUCCACCACUGUGACCAAGUGGGGCCUAGUGUGUGGAUCUCAGACCCUUAAUUCUGUCUCUAAAUUUUCAUUAAUGAUUGGCAUAUUCAUAGGAGGUAUCGUAUAUGGCCAUCUGCCAGACAGGUUAGGGAGGAAGUUCGUUUUAACAUGUGCUGUAUUACAAAUGGCCGUCACUGAAACCUGUGCAGCGUUUGCUCCCACCUUCCUCAUCUACUGCUCACUUCGAUUCCUGGCAGGAAUGUCUGUUGAACCCAUAGCAGUAAAUAGUGUCUUGCUCAUGAUAGAAUGGACAAGCUCUAAAUUCAUAGCCAUGGCGGCAGUGCUUUCAUCUUGUGCUGGUAGUUUUGGAAACAUGAUACUGGCAGGCCUGGCUUUUUCGUUUCGAAGCUGGCACCACCUCCAGCUGGCAAUGUCUGUACCAAUGUUCGUCUUCCUUAUACUCACAAGGUGGCUGUCAGAGUCAGCUCGAUGGCUGAUCAUGACCAACAGACCUCAGAAAGCCUUGAAGGAACUUAGGAGAGUUGCACAAAUAAACGGAAUGGAUUCUGGAGACUCCCUAACCAUGGAGGUUGUGAGAACAAGUAUGAAGAAGGAACUUGAGGCAGCAAAGACAAAAUCUUCUCCAAGUGACUUGUUCCACACACCCAUCCUAUGUAAGCAGAUAUAUCUCCUGUCCUUUGUGAGACUUCUAGCACUAUUAUCAAUUUGUGGCCUGGCAAUUAAUCUCCAACACCUGAGUCCUAAUGUUAUCCUGUUACAGUUUCUCCUUGGUGCAGUGGCCAUACCAGUCAAUGUUAUUGGACAUUUUGUACUUAAUCACAUGGGUCGUAAAGUAGGCCAACAGGUUAUCCUGUCCUUUGGCGGAAUCUGUAUUCUGACUACCAUAUUUGUGCCUGAAGAAAUGCAGACUGUGCGUAUUAGCAUGGUCAUAUUGGGAGGAGCAGUUUCUUUUCUAAGUAAUGCGAGUAAUCGUCUACAUGAAAAUGAGCUACUUCCCACAUCAUUAAGGUCAACAGCUUUAGGAAUCAUUGGAGUGAUUAGUAAUACUGGAUUAUUCAUGGCUCCCCUAAUCAUGAUGCUUGUGGCAUACUCUGCCUCCUUGCCCUGGAUCAUCUAUGGAAGCUGCUCCAUCCUCUCUGCCUUUAUUGUGUUUCUUCUUCCUGAAACCAAGAAUCAGCCUCUUCCUGAGUCCAUCCAUGAUAUUAGAAAUGAGAGAAAACACACAAAACAAGCAAAGAAGGAGGAUCUCAUCAUCAAAGUCACAAGGUUUUAA